AUGGAAGAAGUAGCAUGGGCCACCACUGCAUGCAUGGUUGUUACGGUGAUACUGACUCUGAUAGGGGUAUGGAAGAUGCUGAACAGGUUGUGGCUGAGACCAAAGAAGCUGGAGAUGCUGUUAAGAAAGCAAGGUCUUCGGGGCAGCCCAUACAGGUUUUUGGUUGGGGAUAUAAAGGAAAUGUUGAAGAUGGGAAAGGAAGCCCAAUCCAAACCCAUGACUCUCUCUGAUGAUAUAGUGCCGCGUGUAGUGUCAUUUAUACAUCAAAAAAUCAACAAACAUGGCAAGAACACUUUUAUCUGGUUUGGACCAACACCCAGGGUGAUAAUCACAGAUCCUGAGCUCGUGAAAGAUGUAUUUUUCGGUUACCAUGACUACCGAAAGGUUAGUAUAAAUCCUCUUGUCAGCAAGUUAAUAGCUACUGGUCUUCUAAGUCAUGAGGGUGAGAAGUGGCUCAAACACAGAAGGAUUAUCAACCCCGCAUUCAAUUUAGCAAAAUUGAAGGUUAUGUUACCAGCAAUCUUUAAAAGUUGCUAUGAUAUGAUUAGCAAAUGGGAGGACAUGUUGUCUUCAGAUGGAUCGUGUGAAAUGGAUGUUUGGCCUUCCCUGCAGAAUUUGGCUAGUGAUGUUAUUGCUCAAACAGCAUUUGGAAGUAAUUAUGAAGAUGGAAGAAGAAUAUUUCAACUUCAAAAAGAGCAAGCUGAACUUACAAUGAAAAUUAUAAUGAAAAUUUUCAUCCCUGGAUGGAGGUUUCUACCUACUAGUACCCGUAGGAGGAUGAAGGAAAUUGACACAGAAAUAGUAGCUUUACUGAAGGCUAUGAUUAACAAGCGAGAGAAUGCACUGAAGGAGGGUGAAGCCACUAAGAAUGAUUUAUUGGGUCAGCUUUUGGAAUCAAAUCGGACAGAAAUUCAAAAGCAUGGAAACAAUAAGAAUAUGGGUAUGACACUUCAAGAUGUAAUCGAGGAAUGCAAGCUAUUCUACUUUGCAGGGUCGGAGAGUACUUCGGCUUUGCUUGUUUGGACUAUGGUGUUAAUGAGUAGAUACCUUGAUUGGCAAGAACGUGCAAGGGAGGAAGUGCUACAAGUCUUCGGCAAACAAAAACCAGAUUUUGAUGGACUAAGUCACCUUAAGAUUGUCACCAUGAUUUUACACGAGGUUCUCAGGCUAUACCCACCAGGAACUGUGCUUACUCGAACUGUUCACGAGGAUAGGAAACUUGGGGACCUGACAUUACCUGCUGGAGUGCAGGUUUCCUUGCCCAUCGUUUUGGUUCACCAUGACUCUAAACUCUGGGGUGAUGAUGCAAACGAGUUCAAUCCAGCAAGGUUUUCUGAAGGAAUUUCAAAGGUAACAAAUGGUAAAGUUUCAUUUUUUCCAUUUGGUUGGGGUCCUAGAAUAUGCAUUGGGCAAAAUUUUGCCAUGGUGGAAGCAAAGAUGGCUCUGUCAAUCAUUCUGCAACAUUUCUCCUUUGAACUUUCUCCAGCUUAUGCUCAUGCUCCAAGCGUUGUACGCACUCUUCAGCCACAAUAUGGUGCUCAACUCAUUCUACGUAAACUGUGA